AAUGUAAAAAAAAUGCACACAUAAAAACAAAAACUAAAACAAAUAAUAAAAAGCAACUGGAAAAAUAAGGAUAACAUUUCCCACAUAAUAUGAUUUUUCAAUAGCAGAUAAUACAAAUAUAGAUAUAAGAAGUUAAGAUCCUGACUACCCUUAAAUAAAAAAUGAAAAUUUAUCGGUAUCAUUAUUUUAAAAUAUACUAUAUAAGAUAUAUUUUGAUGCUUCAAAUAAAUGUAUUGUAUGUACAACUUAAUGUCUAUGUGCUAAAUGGAUUCCAACAUAGCGUUAAAUAGAAAUAAAUAACAUAUCAGGUGAUAUAUUUGCUGGGUCAUUACGAAUAUUUAUAAAAUAUAUUCGAAAUCCUUUAGCUUUGCCAAAUUAAAGCACAGGUAAUUUCCGAAUUGAAACAUAUGUUUAAGAAACACUUCUUGAUUAAAAUUUGAAUUUGGGAAGAGUCGUUUUUACUCCAUUUAUAAUUCCAAAUAAAUAUGGGUAUAUAGCAAACGAUGGUUCUAAUUUGGGAGGUUUUUCGACUAAUUAUAAAGUGACUUUUUCCCUUUUUCAAGUUUUGCCAUUAGGAACUUGGUUUAGGUUUAGGUUUCCUUAUGAAUAUUCUUUUUAGACUUUGGAAUGCUCCAUAGUUUAUACGGAUUUAGCAACUGAAAAAAUCGAUUGUGCAGUAAAUGAUGAUAAUGUACUUAUUACAGGAAGCGUUUCUAGAUAAAUGAGUUUGGGUAAUUAUGAUUUAAAAAUUAGGAACGUUGUAAAUCCUAAUAAUGCAGAUGAAUUUAAAGGCUUUAUUCUUGAAUGCCUUUUUCCAGGAACUUUUAAUGUAUUAGAAUUUUACAUUAUCUAAGGGUCCAUUAUAAUUAAAGCAGGGUAAAUAAAGAAUCCUUAAAUUUCAGGAAAUCCUCUCAAUAUGAAUCUUAGAAUUGAUUAUACAAUUUAAUUCACACCCACUAAUACUAUACCUUCAAAUGGAUCUAUUAAAAUUAAAUUUCCAACACUUGCAGCGACUUCCGAUGAUCCUAUAACUAGAAGAUUUACUUUAGAUUCAAUUUGUAGAGUUACUAACGGAUUAAUACCAUUACAAAUCGAAGUAAAGAUUUUCGCUGUAAAUCCAGGAAGAGCAGCGACAUAUAGUCCUUUCUAAAUAGUCACAUAUUAAGAUUCGGUAGGUACGAAAAAAAUUGACGAAAACACAGAUUCUGGUUAAGUAACAAUAUCAGACAUAAACAGGCCUUAAUAUGUCCAAAUAGACUUGUUUAAAGUACUUGUAAACGGAACUUUUAGUCAAACUAUCCCCUUGGAUUUUCGUUUAUACCCAAAUCCAGGAAAAGAACUUGCUUUGUCUUCUUCUACUUCCAAACAUAUGAUUUAUUUUUAAAUUCCUAUAUUUUGGAGAUUAAAAGGCUGUGGUUUUUAAACGAAUACUUAAGCAUAGAAAUUACCAGAAGCUUUAUUUGGAAAUGAUCCUGCUUUUUCGGUAUCAUACAAUAAUAAUAUUUUCUAUAUUUUUACACCUUCAGCUACCAAUGUAUUAAAAUAUCCACCUUAAUUAGGUUUAGGGUAAUGUGAUUUGCCUAUUUCGUUAAAUUCUGUAAUUUUACCCGGAUUUGGUGGCAAAUAUUUUUUCAGAAGUCUCACUUUUUAAAAUUACAAGUUAGCAUCAGAUGUCCCUGUGGAAUAAGAUUUAUUCUUAAUGGAUAUUGCAAUCCCUGAUUUGAAUAAUUGUAUUAUAUAAACCAGCGGUUCAGAAGCUUAAGACCCUGAUAAUGUCGUUUAUGCGUCUUUUAACGUGGGAAUCGCGAUUCCUUAUGAAGGAGCGAUAAAUUUUAAUAUGACUAGUGUUAAUGUAUAGGAAGAAAAUUCCUCUAGGUGGGAAUUCGCGUUAGGAUUUGAUAUGCCAGCAGGUAUAUUUGGUAAACUUGUGCCUUGUUCUGUAUUUAUAUCUGGAGAUUUGUGCGGUUUUAAGGAUUCUAAUCACCCAAAUGUGCGUUGUUAUGUUUUUAAUGGAAAUAUAUAAUAAAAUGCUAUUUUAUAAAUAAGAGGAUUUUCCUAUACUAUAAAUUCAGGAACUACUAUUUAGGUGUAUAUACCGAAUAUUAGAUUCUGUGAAGUCGAAACUAUGGGAUGCUUUAUUUAAUUAAACACAGCAUAUACAUCAGAUAUUGCAGAUCCGUAUUUUUUGAAUAGGAAAACAGUAGCGGUAUAGGCGAAAAUAAACACUAAAUCUAAUAUAAAUGAAAUCGCGAAUACUUAAAAUGAAAGUUAGCCCAAUUUUGGGACUAGUAAGGAAAUUUGUGUUUUCGCAGAUUGGACUUUCCCGUAUACCUUUAGUACAGGAUUUUAAUCUGGAGAUUCUAUUAUUUUGAAAUUUCCUUAUCAUAGAUGGGUUGAUGAUGAUGUUUUUUCACUUAAAAAAUUGUAAGUGUAGAAUGUUAGUUCGAAUUUUGGAACUGUCACAUUUAUUAAUCAUAGUACUACUAAUGAAAUAUAUUUUUACAUAUAAGUUAAUAUCAACGUUGCGGCUAAUACAAGUCUUUAAUUGAAAAAUUUGAAAAACGUUAUAGAUAUAAGAGAUUCUUAGGAUCUUAAUGUAGUUUAGGGGAUUAUAGUUAAAGGAGUUUAUUGGUAAAAUAAAAAAAAAGUUGGAUAUAUGAAAUGGGCUAGGUCGCCGAACUUUGAUGAUGGAGGUAUUUUAGGGUCCAUAAUUGAUAUUUUACCCGAUGGAACUGAUACUUAACCGAAAAGAACUUAGAGUACUGAUAUGGAAUGGAAAUCAGAAGUUGCUUAUAGAAUAAGAUUUUAUAAUUGUAGAAUUAUUCCUGAAAAUGGAAAAAUAAAAGUCAAAAUUCCUAAAGGAACUCCAGAUUUUAUAAAUAUUAAUCCUGAUUGUAUAGUAAGUAAAGGAGUUUAAGGUAUAAAUAAUUUGAGUAUUUAUAAUGAUGUCUCUUGUAAACUUGAUGCUACAAUUCCUUCUAAUAAUUACUUUAUAGUAUCAGGAUUUAAACAAGUAGACUAAGAGACUUCUAUAGAGUUAAUAUUUAGGGCUACUAAUCCUGCAAAGCAAGCAGCAACUUGGAAUCCGGGAUAAUAUGAAAUAACAUCACAUAAAACAGACGAUACUAAAAUAAACUUCACAAAAACCUUAGUAAAUGCUUUAGAUGUAGCAGGACCUAAUGUGUUUCCUUAAUAUAUUAAAUGGGAUAAUUUUUAUAUUCAAAAUAAAUUAGCAAGAUAAGGUUAAAGAGGGUAUUUUGUAAUGGAAAUAGUAAGCCCUUUAAAUUUUCCUUAAGGGAGUGUUAUUACGAUAAAUUUCGGCGGAGGGGUUGACCAGCCAUUUUCAAAUGACAAUUUCGAUUUAUAAAAGAUAAAGACCUAAGGAUAUUUAUAUUGUUCAAUAGAUGAUUAAAUAUAAGAAGAAUGCACAAUUUAAUUAAAUAGUUAAGAACUCACUAUGAAGGUAAGUAAAUCGCCUAAGUUCAUGAAUGGAAUAGUACAGUGGUAAAAACAUACUCUUAAGUUCGGGUAUAGAGGAAAUGAUGAUGGGGCAAGUACAAGAGAUGGUUUUUUGAUAACAAAAGCUGAUAUUUAUGAUUUGGAUUUUAAGAUUUAAAAUGGAGGAUAAAUAGCCUAAACUAGUAUAGCUUAUAGGAAUUUGGCAAAAUCCUUUGAUGAUUUUUGGAUUUGGAGUAUGAAUAAAAUCAGUACAAAUACAGGUAUUUCAUAUACUUAAUGCUUUGGGGGAAAUUCUAAAGAAUGUGGAAUGACUACUAUUAUUAUUAGAUUUUCAAUUAGUGGCACAAUUCUUCCUUCCAUUAUUAAAAAUAGCUAAAAUAUGGUUACUAGUAAAACUAAAUUUAUUAUUAAUUUUGAAUCUAAUAUUGACAAUAUUUUCAACGAUGGCUUCGAUUCAGAUCUUGGAACUGGACUUGGACAUAGAAGUAUAUUACCUUGUGAGGGGAAAGGAUUUAAAUUAUUAAAUGCAAACAUUGAUAGACUUGAUUGUAAGCUUUAUCAAAGUGCUAAGCCAUUGCCUACAUAAAUUAUUAUUUCAGAUUUUGAUUAAUUAAAUGCAGGAAAAUAUGAAAUUCAUAUUCCUAAAAUUUAUAAUCCUUAAAAAGAUUUAGAAUUACUUAGAAUUUCACUUAGUGUUGAAACUUAAUCCAUUGCAGGAAGUAAAAAAUAUAAAUUUAUAUUUUUUUAUUUAUUUAAAAAAAUAGUUCAAGUAACAACAAUUCCAUAAUAUGAGAAUAUUUAUGAUUUAGUGAAUAUGACAAACACAUUAUAAUCGCACACAUUCCAUGCUGUUCCUUUAAAUUUAGGCGAAUUAACAUGUAAACCUGAAUUUGAUAAAACUGAUAUAGAUACAUUAGCGACUUUAUCCCUUUGUUAUAAAACAAGUACUCAUAAAUUAUAAGGCGGAGACAGUAUUUUAUUUAUGUUUCCUUAAGAUUGGAUAUUACCGUCAAUAAAUACUGUAUGUAAAAAUACAUUUACAACCUUAGAUUCAUAAUGUGAUCAUUAUGAUUCCGCUAAAUAGAUAUUAAUUCAUUUAGACAAAAAUGUGAAUGCUGGUUCAGAAAUAUUAGGUAAAAUAGACAUGAAUACUCCUCCUUUUAAAAUUAUAAAUACAAGCAGUAGUAGUUAAGUUAUUACUGGCUAUACAUAUUGGCGCUCAAGGAUUGUUGCAAAAUUCAAAUUGCCUAAAUUCGUUUAAAUACUUACAGAACUAACUAUAAAAAAUACCGAUAUAAUCAUAAAAACUUCUAAUAAUAUAAGAAAAGAGGUCGGCGAAUACACUAUUUAAUAUAACAUUAUUAAAACGAUACCAAAUGACGGCUGUAUUCAAAUAAUCAUUCCGAAUGAUUUUAAAGGAAAACAAAAGAAAGUAUUUGCCGAAACGCCUCUCUUUUAGGUUCUAACAUAGACCCUUUGGGAAUAUCUUUUUCUUGUGAAUUAAUUAUUCCAGCUGAUAUCACAAAAUCUAUUUAUUUACUUGUGCAUACUUUUGGAGGAAUAAAAGUAAGUACAACUAAUCCUUAGCUUCUUGUAGUUAAUUUCAAAAUGGAAAAUCCUGACAUUGCCACUCCUGCAGAUUGGGAAAUCAAAUAAUGGUAUAAAAAAGAAGAUCCAUUAAAUUUAUUAGUAGCUACUGGAACUUAAAAUAGUCCUGCGCUUGUUAAUCCUACACCAAUUUUAUAUUGGGAAAAGUAAAUUAAAACAAGAUAAAAAGUAUACACAGAAGAAGCUGGGCCUUUAGAAUUUACGGUAAAAUUACCUAUUGCGUUAAAUCAUAAUGAUAAGAUCUAUAUUUAAUUGCCAACUGAUUUUACUGUAUAAGAUGAUGCUUAAUUAGCUUGUUUUUGGGAUUUUUCACUAUAUUAUAAUGAUAAGAUGCCAGCAGAAUAAUGUUUUAUAGAUCCUUCAAAUCUAAUUACUGUGUUUACUCCUAUAUAAAAAUAUAUUGAUAUAUUUAACAAAAAUACAGGAAAUCCUAUUGCAUCAUCUACUUUUGUUACUAUAAUAAUAACAAGUUUAGAUAAUUAUUAUGGUAAAAACGGUAUUAAAAUGCCUAUUUUACCCGGUUUUUACUAAUCUAAGAUGAAAAUAACAGGCUCAGGAAACAUAUACGAAAGCUCAAGGAAAAUAUAUAUCCCAUACAAAGUAAAAUUCACGAUAUUUGAGCCUACAACUUUAAUAAAUAAUCCAAAACACAGAACUGCCUUUAUAAUAAGAUUUAAUUCUCCUGUAGCUGUUUUAAAAUUAAGGCUUUAUGUACCUGUUGUAGAUUAAGAGGGAAUAGAUCUUUUCGACAAUGAUUUGGGUAGCGGAAUAAUUUCGGGAGGAAAUAUAAAUUGCUAGAACAUUUCUGGAUCUUUAAAUUUAAAAUUGAAUUGUAUUAUAAUACAUGGAAGUAAAGCAAAUGGAAAUCACGCUUAAAUAAUUAUAAAUCAAGCAAUUUCAGCUGGUAAUUUUUAUGAAUUUAUGGUCGACUAAAUUGUUAAUCCAAAUCUUUCUACAGAAGACAGGCAUGUUUAUAUGAUACUUGAAGGAUUAGAUUUAGCAUAUAAUGUGUUAGUUUCGGAAAUAAACUAUGAUUUUUCAUUUAAAAACCUUUAAUACUCUUCUAUUGCUUUAGAUCCGGAUGCUACUAAAGUUCCAAUUGGAGAUAAAUAUCCAGCACCAGUAUCUGCGGGUACAGGAGCAGGUCCAAAGGAAAAAAAUAUUGAUUAUAAUUUUAAGUUUAACUUGAAAGAUGAUUUAAAAGCCGGAAUUGAAAGAUAUGAUUACAUAAUUAUAGAGUUUCCAACUUAUGCUUAUAAUAUUUAACCUUUAACUAUUAAUUGCAAUAUUGGAGUUUGUAAAGCUUAUUAAGGAUACAAUUGGGUUGUAUGGAAAGCUAACUCAAAUUUAAAUAAGGGAAGCUU